GAGAAAAUGGUGACGGGCGUGAAGAAGGUAGUGAAGAAGGGACUGAUCGGCGGGAUGAGCUUCGCUAAAGAAGCCGGGGCAAUCAAUUGGUUCCCCGGUCACAUGGCCGCCGCAACUCGCGCCAUCCGUAACCGCCUCAAGCUCUCCGAUCUCGUCAUCGAAGUUCGCGAUGCCCGUAUUCCAUUGUCAUCGGCGAACGAGGAUCUGCAGCCACAGUUGUCAGCGAAGAGACGUAUCAUAGCUCUCAAUAAGAAAGAUUUAGCAAACCCUAAUGUUCUCAAUAAAUGGAGUCAUUAUUUUGAAUCAAAGAAGCAAGAUUGUGUUGCUAUUAAUGCACAUAGCAGAAGCUCUGUUAAGAAGCUUCUUGAUCUCGUGGAGUUUAAGCUUAAGGAAGUGAUUGCUAGGGAGCCUACUUUGCUUGUUAUGGUGGUUGGUGUCCCCAAUGUUGGCAAAUCUGCACUUAUUAACUCGGUUCAUCAAAUCGCUGCGACUCGGUUUCCUGCGCAGGAUAGAUUAAAGAGAGCCACGGUUGGUCCAUUGCCUGGCGUAACCCAAGAUAUUGCUGGUUUUAAGAUUGCUCAUCGACCUAGCAUAUAUGUUCUGGACUCACCUGGUGUGUUAGUCCCAAAUAUCCCCGAUAUUGAAACCGGUCUGAAGCUUGCACUUUCAGGGUCCGUCAAAGAUUCAGUAGUAGGUGAAGAGCGCCUUGCGCAAUACUUUCUAGCUAUUUUAAACACUAGAGGGACUCCUUUACAUUGGAAGUACUUAUUCGAGGGAAGAAACGAAGGGUCUUCUUCUCAUCCAGACUCCAUCGAUAAACCAAGCUACAACUUAAAGGAUCUUAGACAUCAGAGAUCAAAACAACCAGAUUCAUCUGCUGUGCACUACGUUGGGGGUGUGAUCUCAGAAGUGCAACGUUCACUGUAUACAACUCUCUCAGAAUUCGAUGGGGACACGGAGGAUGAGAAUGACUUGGAGUGUUUGAUAGAGCAGCAGUUUGAAGCUUUACAGAAGGCAUUGAAGGUUAAUACCAAAGCAUCAUCAGAAGCAAGGUUAAUGGUUUCCAAGAAGUUUCUUACUUUGUUUAGGACAGGUAGACUUGGUCCUUUCAUCCUUGACGAUGUCCCUGAAACUGACUCGUCGUUAUAA